AGGGUUCGUUCUUCUGUGGCAUGAGUGGGGUGUUUUGCUGGGUAGGCACACUACAGGACAGGUGUUCCUGUGGUGUCACACCAUCUAAAGUGUGAGGGUUGUGCUGCUGGCUCGCUCAGCGCUGCCCUUGUUCCACUUCAGCUCUGACCCAGGAUGGAUCCUCUGAAACUGGGGCACUGGUGGCAACGCUGGUUUCAUUCUGGUGUUGCUUAGGUCAACGACUCGAGCUAUUUUUCACUAAGUGGUUCAUUUUGUAUUUCUACAGCAGAGUGACUCCUUCCUCAGUUUCAGAUUGAACUGUGCAUGUAUGCAGACACUGAAACUGAGCCUCUCUGGGUACCUGAAAAAGGAAGCUACGGGUCUCUUGAUGGUUUCUGGAGAGGACAGGUCUUUCUCCCUCUCUUUUACUUCCCAGUAAUUGUUACAAACUAGUCCCUUGUAUAUCUGAGCAUUGUGAGCUAACACCUGAUUCUCCACCCUUGUUUCUGCACCUAUUGCUUUACCAGCAGGAAGUAGGACGUGGUUUGGGGCUUUUUAUUCUCGGCCUCGCUAGCCUUUUCGAUACUUCAGGGCCUCGUCUCAUUCUGACAAGGCAAGCAAGCAGCAGCUUCCUGUGCAAAGGUGAGAGGGAGCAAAGACUGAACACACACGAGAGGAACAGCUCCGCAGCAGACCAGCCUGUCUCCUCUCAUGCCAGCAGCUCUGGCUGGUGGGUGGAUGUGCUCUGAGCAGAGCCCCCCUCCAGCCCUUCUCCCUGCUCCCUGCUCCCCUCCCAGUUGAGCCAACAGCACCUGCAUCCAUCUGUCCUCGCAACCCCACCCAUGGAGCACUGGGUGCCUGGAACUGGAAGUGUGUCCCCAGAACAGAUGAAGCCCUCCUCACUGCUUCUGCACCACCUCUGGCUGCUCAGUCUGAUUCCUCUCUCGUUGGCAUCAGGCUCUACACAAGGCAACUCCAGUCUCACUUGUUGGUAUGACUCGAGGGCAGCUCUCCUUUGUGACUGGAACUCAGGCAGGGACCUUGCUGAUGCACCAUGCAAUCUGACGAUUUCAUCAAUAUACAAAUUUUGUGACAGGUUACAUUCUUCAUCUGAAAAAUCCGAGCAUUGUGCGUUACCCAAGGCAGAACACAUGACUGGGCUGAGGAGAUGCAUCAAGAUUUUCAGCAAAGACUAUAAUAUGCAAUGCUUCACUUCUGCAGAUAGUCUUAACAUGACUGUAGACUGCCAGAUUGGGGAGAACAGGUCUAUACCUGCACAACUGAAGGAUUUUAGACCACUUCGAAAUAUAAAAUUGUGGCCUCCAGGAAAUCUUCAGCUGUUCAGCAAAGCUAAAAACACCUACAACUUAACGUGGAGCCUGAAUAUUUCCUCUCACUACUUGAGUGGGAACCGGCAAUAUGAAGUGCGGUACCGAACCACGAGUCAGUCAUGGGAGGAGGCCGAGACCUUCAUCAUUAGUCAGGACCAGAUGUGGGCACCUUUUGAAAGACUCUCCCCCAACAUGAAGUACGAGGCUGCUGUCCGUGCAAAGCCAGGUGCCUCAUGUUUCUGCAAAGGUGUGUGGAGUGACUGGAGCAAGACAGUACUGUGGAGCACACAUGUUGAAGGAACAUCCCGGCCAGUCCUGCCAGCGAUUAUAGUGAGCACUUGCAUCUUUGUGAUCAUUGGGUCUGCCUUCCUUAUAAACUUACGGACCCCAAGAUGGUUUAAGAAGAUCCUGAAGAUUCACAUCCCAGAUCCUGAGAAGUUCUUUCCCCCACUCAUCUCUGUUCACGGAGGCGACAUUCAGAAGUGGCUCUCCUCCCCAUUCUCUACAUCUUCCAUGUGUGUGAACAGUACAGUCCCAGAAAUCUCAAUGCUGGAGGUGAUGCAGAAGAACGAUCAGGAAUCCCAGCUUUCCAAGGGAACUUUGGCACCUGAUCCUCCCUCAGAAACCAGUGGACACUCUGUGUCCAGCUGCUUCACCAACCAGGGCUACUUCUUCUUCCACCUUCCCAACUCCUUUGAGAUCGAGCCCUGUCAGGUCUACUUCACAUAUGAGCCUUUCACCCAGGAGGGCAAUGGCAGCGAGGACAGCGAGACUUACCAUGAUCUUCCCUCCCCAGACCUCUGCACACUGUCAGAGGACAUGCCAGUGUUGCCCUACAACUUUCUGCACAGUAUAAAUGGGAUCCAGGGCUUCCAAAAUAUCUCCUUCGUGGCAGAGACACAAGGUGAAGCCCAGUGGGCCAUGGCUUCCCUGUCAAGAGCAAGCACCUCACCAACACCAGUUCUGAGGCAAGAUGAGCAGAUGACUGACAAAGCAGCUUUACAAUCUGCUGAGGCCCCAUGCCAGGUGGACAUAGACUUUCCUGACUCACCAGACCUGCAUGACAACAAUACUUCUGAUGUAUCAAGUGGGAAAACAGGCCCUCCAAUUGAUCCCAGUGCUCCAGCAGCACAUGCUACCUCUUCCUUUGCUCAGCCUGCAACUCCAAGGCAAACCCAGGAUGAGGAUCUUUGCAGAACAGCCUUUUCCAGCCAAGUGCCAAACACUGGUGCCUACCUUUCUCUCAAGGACCUCCAAAGCCAAUACAGCCAUGGCUCUGUCUAGGAUCACUUGGGGAAGUCUACAAGCAUAGGAAAUACCUUCUAUCUGAGGAAGAUUAGAUGGACAUUUCUCCUAUUCAGAGCAUGAAUGUAGUCUCCAGUCACUGAACCACUGGAACUGUUCUUUAACGAGGCUGGAGAACAGAGUUACUCUAGAGGGAUGCAAAACUGCGGAAGGCAUAGGGUGGACAAGGCGUAAAUUCAUAGAUGGGUCUGAUGACAAAAUACAUGAAGACAUCUCUUCCUGACUAACCAAGAGUGUCUUUUAUUUUUUUCCUAUGAUGUUCUUCCUCAUGUCAGGUUUCAAUCAAAGUACAUUCUGAGCUGCUCACUCUAGUUUUAAACUCAGGUUCUAAGAUUAGCUCAGAGCCAUAGCUGUGUCAGCUGUCUAAGCAGUGCAGUGUAAAAAGAAAUCCCCAUUAUUGGGUUAAAAAUACUGAGGAAAUCCCCUCCCCUUCCACUUUCUCCCCCAAGUCUGAUGAUGGCAGUAAAAAGAACACACACAAUUUCCCAUUCUUGCUGCAAUAUUUUUCAUGAAAUCGAAAGCCUCUCUGCUCUUCUGGCAAAAUACCAUUAUUUGACUACGAUAAGCUGAUUGCAGAGUAGUUCAUUCCACAUCCUGUAUUAGUGGAAAACGUCGUAAAGGUGCUGCCCAUUCCUUCCAUUGCUCAGGGGAAACCAUUGCCUAGUUAGCGGCAAAGGUAUGGUAAAUGAGCCCAGAAAACUAACUCACAAAUCAGCACCUUCAUUGAAAAGAAGACUUCAAUCCAUACACCGAAAAAAAAAAAAAAA